CCAGUGCGGCCGGCGCGGGCGCGGGCGCGCAGCGAGCGGCCCGUGGGGCCGGCUAUUAAUAACGCGGCCGCCCAGCCCGGGGUCGCGCAGCCAUGGCCAGCCCGGAGCCCCGGCACGGCGGGGACGGCGCCGCCCAGGCCGCGAGCCCCCCACCCCCUUCCCGGGGCUGGGGAACAAGAGCAGAAGGCAGUUCUCCUCUUGAAGAAGAGAACUCUGAAUCCCCCCAUGAGGCGGGGACUUUGGACCCAGAAGUGACUCUGUCUUUGAAGGGGACCUUGAACUUAGAGGACAUUCUCUCUGGGGACACAAGUGACCUCGAUGAGAAGAUGAGACACUCUGUGUGGAACGAGACAGAGAAGCCCGAGGAGACACUGCACAUCGAGGAGACCGCGCAGCCAGGGAGGUCGUGCGACAUGGACGAGCCCGCGAAGCUGAGAUUCCUCUAUGGUGGAAAGAGCCCGCGAAGCCAGGAAAAGACCGCAAGCCCAGAGCAGACCGGUCAUGGGGGAGAGACGGGCACGAGCGAGGAGAAUGCUCGCCCUGAGGAGGGCCUCAGCGCUGGGCCUAGUCCCAGCACAGAGAGCCUGAGCUUAGAGGAUCUGGAACUGCUGGAGGAGCGUUUCAGCAGUGUGUCCAAGCUGUGGCCCAGCUGGAAGGGGCGAGCGGACCAGCUCAUCCACGAGCUGGUGUUGCUCCGGGAACCAGCCCUGCAGGAGGUUCAGCGGGUCCAUCAGGAUAUCCUGGCUGCCUACAAGCUGCACGCCCAAGCGGAGCUGGAGAGGGACGGGCUAAGGGAGGAGAUCCGGCUGGUCAAGCAGAGGCUGUUCAAGGUGACCAAGGAGUGUGUGGCCUACCAGUACCAGCUGGAGUGCCGCCGGCAGGACGUGGCCCAGUUUGCCGAGCUCCGGGACGUGCUGACCACCCGGGCGGCCCAGCUCUCCGAGGAACUGGCCCAGCUCCGGGAGGCCAACCAGAAGCAGAAGGAGCAGCUACGGCAACAGCUGGAAGCGCCUCCAAGCCAGAGCGACGGGCACUUUCUCCAGGAGAGCCGGAGGCUCUCUGCCCAGUUUGAGAACCUCAUGGCGGAGAGCCGCCAGGGCCUGGAGGAGGAGUAUGAGCCUCAGCUGCUGCGCCUUCUAGAGAGGAAAGAAGCUGCGGCCAAAGCUCUACAGAAAACCCAGGCCGAGAUCCAAGAGAUGAGGGAGGCUCUGAGACCCCUGCAAGCAGAGGCCCGGCAGCUCCAGCUGCAGCACAGGAACCUGGAGGACCAGAUCAGGCUUGUGAGGCAAAAGCGGGAUGAGGAGGUGCAGCAGUACCGGGAGCAGCUGGAAGAAAUGGAAGAACGACAGAGGCAGUUAAGGAGCGGGGUACAACUCCAGCAACAGAAGAACAAAGAGAUGGAGCAGCUAAGGAUCAGCCUUACUGAAGAGCUCUCCACUUAUAAGGGCUGUUUAGAAACGUAUGGCCGAAUCUGUAACCCAGAAACAACAAAAAACUUUUUAGUAAAGGAUCACUAAGUACCCUUUGGACAUACUUUUUUUUCCAGAGAAGGGAGUGCCAAGGACUUGGCAAGCAGUUCACCCUGGGAAAGUUACAAAUACUGGCUGACCUGUUUUAAAUGAGCCUUCUGUCCUCUGACAGCAACUCCCACGUGCACAGAGUAAAUAACGGAUAUAUGGACACUUUAGUGUUGUGAAGAAUGUAUCUUGCCUUGUGUUGACCCAAAACUAAACUUUUUGGAGCACAGGUAGGGUCAAAAAGGCAGCCGAUUUUCAUGAUAUGGGUUUACAAUUUGAAUUCUUUUGUGCCAUGAGUGUUAGACUUUUAAAAUGAAUCCUUUUACAAAGUUUAAGUCUGUGUGGACUCAUACAGUUUACUCCUGUGUCAAAAUAAUUUUCACUACACUCAGAACUACUAACUUGGAAAAAGAAACCAAUCUAGAUUUGAACCUAAAGGUUUAAGGAUAUUCAGAUUUUCCCAAAGACUGUCCCUCAUGAAAAUGAUUUUGGGUCAAAGUGAUGUACUCCGUUAAAUUGAGUGACUGGCAAAGAACCAGGCAUUUUAUCUGGUUAUGGCACUUGGUGAUAAAGACUUGCAAGAGCCUAUUAUUUCUAACCUCUAAAUACAGGCUCCAGUGAAAAACAUACUGGGGAGAGUCAACCUCUCUACGGGCAAAGGUUCAAACACCUUUUCCAAAUUUAAAGUCUGCCUUAAAUGCUCUCUGCCACAUUGCCUUUGACAGUCUUGAAAGUCUACAUAGUUCUCUAGGGACAGACUUCAAAAAGAUGUUAUCAAAGACUAAUCCGUGUUACCUCUGGCUCAGUGUUUAAUGUCUUGCACUUUCCCUGGGAAGGAGUAAAGCUCUCUUCUAUAGCUCUGGAUCUAUUAUAUUUAAUUCUGCUCUUGAUAGUCAAAGACCAUACACAGUAACUGUCCUCUGAACAACUCUUCAAGAAGCCAGACUGGUGUCUGAUAAAUGUUGUAUACCAAAUAAAACCCAUCAUGGGGUUACGUAGAAAAGCAAUUUAUUCCAUUAUAAGCACUUACACAGUUAGUCAUGGAGAGUAACAGGCCUGCUGGUGAAACAGGUCACCCAAAAUAGAGAUGGUACCAAACUAGUGGUCAAAGACUAACUCCUAAAAAAAAAAAAAAAAAAAAAAAAAAAAAAAAA